CUGCGUGGGGUGCACUAUCUCUCAAACAGCUCACUGGUUAAACGAGACGCAGAGGAGGAGCUGCCUUCAGAGGCACCAAGAGGAAACUUCCAUGUCAGUUUUUGUAGAGUGACAACAACGUGAAGAAGCGCAGCUCGCAGUCUCCACAGGAGUGAACAUCUUUUAUCCUGCAGAUUUGCUCUUGUUUUCAUCAAGAACUUUGGAUUAUGGAGUUUAAAUGCUGUGCGUAAAAAGGGACAUUUUGGACAAACUAUGGAUUUGGAACCUGGAGAAUGCGCAUUCAUAGAAAGAGUCACUACUUUGGAAGUGAGAGGAAACCCUUUAGUUAGUGUGAAACAGUGAAAAACAGCAGGUAUGAACUCCACAACAACAGCAGCAGUAAGGGGGAGAUUUCCUCCAGCCACCAUCCCGGCGAUCAUGUUCAUUUUCGGGGUGGUGGGGAACGUCAUCGCCAUCGUGGUUCUGCGGAUAUCACGAAAGGAACAAAAGGAGACGACUUUUUACACCCUUGUGUGUGGCCUGGCAGUGACAGACCUCCUGGGCACCUUGAUGGCCAGCCCCGUCACCAUAGCCACCUACAUGAAGGGCGCAUGGCCUGGAGGAGAGCCGCUGUGCCAAUACUCCGGCUUCAUCCUCCUCUUCUUCUUCUUGGUGCAGCUCAGCAUUGUGUUUGCAAUGUCAGUGGAGAGAUACCUGGCGAUAAACCAUGCGUACUUCUACAACGAGUACGUGAACCAGAAACUCGCUGCACUAACUCUUUUGGGCAUUUACAUCUCCAACGUGGUGUUUUGCGCGCUGCCCAGUUUGGGUUUUGGACAUGUGACGAGGCAGAAACCGGGCACCUGGUGCUUCAUCGACUGGCAGAACAACCAAACGACAGUGGCAACUUAUAAUUUGAUGUAUGCCGGUGUGAAUUCGGUGAUCGUGCUGGCUACUGUGGUAUGCAACGUGAUGGUGUGCGGAGCGCUGAUCCUGAUGCACAAGCGGUUCAUUAGACGCACCUCUCUGGGUACGGACCAGAGGCGCAUCGCGGAGUUCAGGCGCAGACGGAGUUUCGGACGAUUAGCUGGAGCAGAGAUCCAGAUGGUGAUCCUGCUUAUAGCUACUUCUGUUGUGGUUCUCAUCUGCUCCAUACCUUUAGUGUUGAGGAUCUUUGUGAAUCAGCUGCACGGCAACCAGACAGAAGAGCUAUUCGGGUUGAAUAACGACCUGCUGGCCAUCCGCAUGGCCUCCGUCAACCCCAUCUUAGACCCUUGGAUCUACAUCCUGCUCAGAAAGACGGUGGUCCUCAAGCUGAUGGAGAAAAUCAAGUACCUGUUCUGCAAAAUGGGCGGGCGUGGGCGAGGGAACGGCCAGUUCAGCUGCACCGACAACCGUUUCUCCUCCAUCGUCUCGCGGGAUUCUCCCUCGCUGGUGUCACGUGAGCUGCGGGAAAUGGUGAGCACCUCGCAGACCUUCCUGUACCCGUCUGAUGGAAACACCAGGAGGUCAGAGAGCGGCUCCAGUCCACCACAUGCACAGACUUUACUGGGCCCCCCGGAGGUGGAGGGGCCUCAGAGGGGGCUUUCGCAGAGUGAUUUAGAGGACAAAACGCCAGGCAGGCCGCUGAGAGAGCUUCCAAUGUGCCCCAAGGACCCGGCUUUACAUGUGACCUUCACGGACGAGACGGCAAACAUGCAAGAGAAAUGCAUAUAACAGUUCGCAUGACGUCUAAAAGCGCUCAUCCUGUAAUGGAAAUGUUUUGGAACUAACAAAGACAUCACCUGUCCAGGGUGUACACGUCUUCACCCAAUGUCAGCUGGGAUCAGAUAAUGGAUGGACUAACAAAGACAUGAUACAAAAGGAAAAGCAUCUCAAGACUGAAUAAUCAACACUGAACAAUCUGUAGAUUAUAUCUUGCUAUUUGACAGAUGUAUUAACUGAACUAAAUAUCCAUUAUCAAUCUAAUACUCCUCAGUCAUAACUCACCACAAACACCAUAUUGCUAAAUACACUUCAGUACAGUCACAACAGUUAUAUAUCAAUGAAACCAUAAAGAACAACAUGACGUUGUAGAGGAGCUCUUUUGUUGCACUUUUUUGAAUUGUAAAACCACUGCCAGGCUGUUUUUGACAACCUGCGCGAUGACUGUAAAUGUUAAAAUGUGAAAAGUGUUCCAUGAUGUUAAUUUAUUUUUAAGUAUGAUAUUGUACGUUAUUGUCUUCUCUGUGAGAAGGUCCAGAUGGUGUCAAGCCAUUUUAAAUCGGUACAAGAUGAUCCGUUUUUUUUUUUGGUGCGUCGGAACAUUUGCAAACAAUUUGGUCACACUGGUCGACAGAGCAGCUCUGACAUCAAAGCUAGAAUCAUACAAUCCCCUGCAUUUCAGAAUAAAAGGCAGCUAUACUGUGGCUUUUCCACAGUACAGACCGGAGGAUGUUAGGAGGCCUCCUAAAGUAAUGUGUUAAUAGAAAAUUGUUAAUUUAAUCUCUCCAGCCCAUUACUUUGUAAGGAUUAAUCCAACUUCAUCAUACGUUACCUUAAUGUAAUGUGCAAUUCCUCUAAUCUAAUCAGACUUUAAAGGGCAAUUAGGAAGGGGAAUGAAAAUUGAAGAUGUCAUUAAGUUUCCUGUCUGAUGAGUUUAAAGGUUUUGCCUUUUCUGAAUCGAUUUCCUGGUGGCAUUAAAGGAACAGUGUGUAGCAUUUAGUCGGAUCUAUUGGCUGAAACGGAAUAUUAUAUUAAUAAAUACGUUUUAUUUAGUGUAUAAUCACCUGAAAAUAAGAAUGGUUGUGUUUUCGUUGCCUUAGAAUGAGCCGUUUCUAUCUACAUAGAGGACAAAGAGUAUAUAAGCAAAGAGUCAAAAGUAUUUUUUUGACAACAGCUGCUGCCGCCAUUUUGGACUGAAAACGCUUAUUAUAUUUUUUAUAUUUUAUUGUUCAUCACACGCCAUUUCGGUGGAAUAUGACAAUAGAAUAGAAAUAAUUUUGUUUUACUUUUGUACGGCUCUUUGUAGGCGGAUGUACUGAAGUUUCAGUUGGUUGCAAUCUGAAACCUCAACACUAGAUGUCGCCAAAUCCUGCACACUGCACCUUUAAUACUAUUAUUGCUACAAAGAUUGAUAUAAAUACCAUGUUCAUAUUUCAAUUUUAAAGCUUUUGUCGUGUCAAAUUUACCACGAAAAUGUUGAUGUGAAAAGACUAAUGUUGUACCAACCUCAUAAUGAACCAAAAAUAAAAGUUGGUAAAUAUUCACAUA